UAUUUCCGCAACCAAUUCUGAGUGUUUCCCCCCUGCCCAAGAAUUCCCCCUCCCUCGCGAUUCUACAGAAACCCAGAACACUCAAGAAAUAUACCCACGAUUUUCUCCUCUGUUUUCUGAUUCAUGAUUAAUGAAAUUGUUGAAUCGAGAGGUCGAUUGUCAGCUGGAGGAGAUCAUAAAUUGUAAUGCAUGUGGCGGUGGAUCUGAACUGGUUCCUGCAAUUCAUAGUGUUGGCGUUCGCGGCGGUGUUUGGGUUUCUCUAUUUGGUUGGGAACACUGCGUCUAGGUUUUUUGUAGUCGACUCCAAUUUCGGUUCCAUGGCCGCCGAUUUUUCUACGGAUCGCAAGAGUGGAGAGAGCGUGGCGGCAGCAGUCGGCGGAGCCGCCGAGGUUCUGGAUUCCUGCGCGGUUUGCGGUCGUCUCACGAAUAAGCAGUGCGCCCGUUGCAAGAUGGUCAAGUAUUGCUCUGAAGAUUGUCAACGAUCUCACUGGAAUUCUGAGCAUAUGAUGAAAUGCAAGGAUUUGCAAUCAUUUUACAGAGCCAAUAAUACAAAAUCGACAUCUCUAUUGAGAGAAAGGAAAGCUUCACUUGUUCCUGUAGGUGGAAGCAGCUCAAAGCUUCUCAAACAAUCAAACAAGAUACUUUUCCCAUAUGAGGAAUUUGUACAAUUUUUCAAUUGGGACAAGCCAGGUUAUCCACCUUGUGGACUUCUAAAUUGUGGAAAUAGUUGCUUUGCUAAUGUGGUGCUUCAGUGUCUUGCAUACACUCGGCCACUUGUUGCCUACUUGUUGGAGAAAGGCCACAAGAAAGAAUGCCAGAUGGACGAUUGGUGCUUCCUGUGUGAAUUUCAAAAUCAUGUGGAAAGGGCUAGCCAGAGUCUUGCUCCAUUUUCUCCUAUCAAUAUUCUUUCACGAUUGCCUAAUAUUGGCGGUAAUCUUGGCUAUGGAAAGCAGGAGGACGCGCACGAGUUUAUGAGGUUUGCUAUCGACACAAUGCAAUCUGUUUGCCUCGAUGAAUUUGGUGGAGAAAAGGCUGUUCAUCCCCUCUAUCAAGAGACAACCCUUAUUCAACAUAUAUUUGGUGGUCGACUUCAAUCUCAGGUUAUAUGCACUGAAUGCAAUAAUGUCUCGAACCAAUUUGAGAACAUGAUGGACUUAACUGUUGAAAUUCAUGGGGAUGCUGGAUCUUUGGAGGAAUGCUUGGAUCAGUUCACUGCCAAAGAGUGGCUUCACGGGGAUAAUAUGUAUAAAUGUGAUAAUUGCAAUACUUAUGUCAUGGCAUGGAAGCGCCUAAAUGUUCAGCGGGCCCCAAACAUUCUUACAAUUGCCUUGAAAAGAUUUCAGAGUGGAAGAUUUGGGAAACUCAACAAGAGGAUAACUUUUCCGGAGACACUGGAUCUCAGCUCUUACAUGAGUGAAUCAGAUGGAAACGAUGUUUACAAGUUGUAUGCCGUUAUUGUCCACGUGGACAUGCUUAAUGCAUCCUUUUUUGGACACUAUAUCUGCUACGUUAAGGACUUCCGCGGGAAUUGGUACCGGGUUGAUGAUUGUAAGGUUGCUAGUGUUGAUUUGGAUGAGGUGCUCUCGCAGGGAGCUUAUAUGCUCUUGUAUAGCAGGAUUUGUGUCCGCCCUUCU